AUAAGAGGUUGGAACUUUCUGGCUAUACUACUUAGCACUGCAACAGCAAACCGCUCUUGUGUGUGUUGAAUGUGUGUGAUUCAAAUGUGCCUUCUGUCGGGCAGGCCUGCCUGAUCAACGAAGUGUGCUCGAUUACAUAAUCCUGUUUUAGUUCCUCAUUGGGGCGGCUGAGUGGCAUGAUCAGCGUCAGACGGAGAAGAUUGUACAACAGCGCCGGGUUUACUGAGUAAGAAAAAAGAAAAACAAGACAAAAAGAGCUCGACUAAUUCAGACGUUGUAAUUAUAACACAGAAACUAGAAUGGCUUCCAUCCCUAAAUACUACGAGGGGAAGAAUGUCCUCAUCACGGGUGGCACAGGUUUCAUGGGCAAAGUGCUGCUGGAGAAACUACUCCGAUCCUGCCCCACAGUCAAGGCAGUGUACGUACUGGUCAGACAGAAAGCAGGACAGGCCCCCAAGGCACGCAUAGAGGAAAUGGUGAUCUGUAAGCUGUUUGACAGAUUGAGAGAGGAGCAGCCUAAUUUUAAAGAGAAGAUCAUAGCUGUAAACAGUGAUCUGACGCAGCUCGAACUUGACCUGAGCAAAGAAGACCAAGAGAAGCUUGCUGACUGCAUUCAGAUAGUCUUCCACUGUGCUGCCACUGUUCGAUUCAACGAAUCACUGAAGGAUGCAGUGCAGCUGAAUGUCCUGGCUACACAGAAACUCCUGGCCCUGGCACACAGAAUGAAACAUCUUGAGAUUUUCCUUCAUGUUUCAACCGCUUAUGCAAACUGCAACCGCAAGCUUAUUGAAGAAGUUGUUUACCCGCCUCCUGUGGAUCCCAAGAAACUGAUUGACGCUUUGGAGUGGAUGGAUGAUAAAUUGAUCAAUGAAAUCACACCAAAGCUAAUUGGUGAAAGGCCUAACACCUACACAUACACAAAAGCUCUGGCAGAGCAUGUUGUGCAGCAGGAAUCCGGGAACCUCAACGUGGUGAUCGUCAGACCUUCUAUUGUCGGAGCUAGCUGGAAAGAGCCGUUUCCUGGCUGGAUUGACAAUUUUAAUGGGCCCAGUGGAAUCUUCAUUGCUGCUGGAAAGGGAAUCCUGCGCACCAUGAGGGCUUCCAAUAAUGCAGUUGCAGAUCUUGUUCCUGUCGAUGUAGUUGUCAACCAUACGCUGGCUGCCGCUUGGUAUUCGGGAGUUCACAGGUACACGAGGCCAAGAAAUGUGUUAGUGUACAACUGCACAACAGGCGGAGUUAACCCCUUUCACUGGGGUGAAGUUGAGUACCAUGUGAUCUCCACUUUCAAGAGGAACCCUCUCGAGCAGGCCUUCAGACGGCCCAAUGUUAAUCUCACCUCCAAUCACCUAAUCUAUCAGUACUGGAUUGCUGUUAGCCACAAGGCCCCAGCAUUCUUAUAUGAUCUCUACCUGAAGAUAACUGGAAGAACACCAAGAAUGAUGAAAACAAUCACUCGACUCCACAAAGCGUUGAUGUUGCUGGAGUAUUUCACCAGCCACUCCUGGGUUUGGAGCACAGAUAACACAACCAUGCUGAUGAGCCAGUUAAGCCCAGAGGACAAGAAGGUGUUUAACUUUGAUGCAAGACAGUUGCACUGGGCUGAAUACAUGGAGAACUACUGCAUGGGAACCAAGAAAUAUGUGCUGAAUGAGGAACUAUCUGGGCUGCCAGCUGCACGAAAACAUCUGAACAACUUGAGAAACAUCCGCUAUGCUUUCAAUACAAUAUUGGUGGUCAUGGUUUGGCGUGUCUUCAUUGCACGGUCACAGAUGGCAAGAAACAUCUGGUAUUUCGUGGUCAGUCUCUGCUACAAGUUCUUGUCCUACUUCAGAGCAUCCAGCACCAUGAGGUACUAAGAAGAGUUGAGGGGCGCGAGGCUCCAGACAACUCUGCAUUUGAUGGAAUGCUUUACAAGCCCUGGACAGUAAUUUGCUCUUCAUACUGACGUGUCAAAUUAGUUCUGUUCACUGUGUGUUCUAUAUUUGUAUGUAGCUUAUUCAAUUCGCCCUUCAACAUUUAUAAAGAUAACAAUUAGAACGACAGUGCAUUAGGCACCUUUUUAAUGUUAAAUGAGUAAACUUGCUGACCUAAUUUAAGGGGCAGUAAACUACGCUGAUUUAUGAAGGCAUUUUUUUUGUGUAAUGAAAUACGGGGCUGCUGUUUUUUUGGGGUGGUGGUGGUCGCUCUACCCCCACUUUAUUUGCAUGGGGCAAGCAUUUGCUGGUAGCAAUAAUACUAAGAGUUGCCAUGUAUUGUGUGCCUGUGUAAGCACAAGAGCGCUUGGAUCAGAAACGCUGCUCAUAUUGGCAUGUAGUAUUGUAGUUUCCUGUCGCUUUAUUACUUUAACUUUUUAUUGCCUAUCAUUUCCCACAUUUAAUUUCUGUGCCUUUUCAUUACAUAUUUUCUUUCUUUUUCACUUUUCAGCACUUCUGUAUUGCUUUGGGCAAAAGGCAGCUUUCUUUAUUUUUCUCUUAAAAGUUUGACCAGCAGGCCAAAGGAUUUUCUGCUAGAAGAAAAUCUAAAAUGUAUAUUUCUACCUACUACAGUGCCCAGUGUUGUUUGAAUUUCAUGUAGCCUUCAGAUGGCUUUAGACACUCCCUGUAAUCAAACAUUGUCACUAAACAAUAGGUGUGAUCAGAUCUGCUUUCUUUUCCUGUUUUUCACACCACCAUUCUGGAUCCUGUAACCCCAUCACCUGAGUUGUGUAUAAUCCAGGAUAUCCUUUUCUGUUGGAGUGAGCUUUCAACCUGACCAAACCUACUGUAUCUCGGACCCUGGACUUGGGAAGGCCUGUCUGUUGCACACUGCUGGAUUCAGUAGACUUGGUGGAAAGUGUCAGUAUUUGUUUUUGAGAGAAAAAAUGCAAAUGUUAUACAAGUGUUCCCUGUUUGAAUAAAGUCAUCUCCAUUUGUGUUUUGCAUUUUCUAGUUGCCCUGUAAUAUUAUAAUAUCACAGGGUCUAUUUUCAAAUCUAAUAAUUCCAAUAUGUAGUUUUACAAAGAGAAAUGUUUCAUUCUUAUAGCUUUGCUUUGAAAAAUGAGUCUAAAACUAUACCAAAUAUUUAGAUUCUAGCUUAAUUUUUUUGUUUUUGUUUUUAAUUUUCUUUCUGUGAUAGUGCUGUGCUAAGGACCUAGGUUGGAAAUUGUUUGUCUUUUUGAUGUUUGUGUGUUUAACUUUGCCAUAUUCUAAAUAUGAAUAUUGGGCUUGAAUCCAGUAUUUUAACCUGUAUGAUUAUAUAGCAAAAGGAUUUUAUUUUUAAUUGGUUGUAGAAACAUCUGGUGUAAAAUGUAUAGUUUGGUCCCCUUUUUAGAUAUGAAGAGAUUUGGCAGGUGUUAGGAAUGCCUGAAUUUUCAAACGAUGUGUUGAAACACUAUGUUUAAAGAGCAAUCGGAGGACUGUUUUCUAAUCUGUUUCUGUACAACUAUUAGGUAGUCCAUUUAUAUAUAUAUAUAUUAAAAAAAAAAAAAAAAAAAGAUUGGAGGAAGGUUUGUUUGAAAGCAGAGAUCUAGAAUAAACCAUUUUAUUUUUGUGCUUGGAAAAUAUAUAAUGCAAUGUAUUUAUUUACUAACAAAAAAAAUUCUUUGUUUAAGCCACUAAACUGUUGAUAGUCAAACCAAAACCUCAAUAGAGAGGUUUCAGAUAUACUGAGCUUUAAAUCUGACUGAUUUUAAUUUAAAUAUAUGCCAACGUGUUUUCAUUCCAAGAACUAAAUUUAGAUGCAAUGUUAUUUUAUCUUUAAUAGUGUGAAAGUGUAUCCAGUCAUUUCUUUCACAAAGCUUUCAUUGGCCAUUUUAAAGCUGCAAUCUCAAACAUUGCAUGGCUGUAAUUGUAUAUCCUGUUUAACGACCUUGAACUAAAUUAAGUGUUUCAGAAUAUGUUAAACAAUUCGUUAUACUGGUUUCCCGAUCUAAUGGGAAUUCAUUUGAAAUAUAUCUGAGCGAUUUCUGAAUAACAAUAUGGCUUGUAUGAACUUACAUUGUACUUAAUAUACAAACCAGUGCAUAGGGUGAGGACCACAGCUGAUAAAGCAUGCGAGAGACCUUCUGUAAACACAUUUACUUUAGUCUUGAGCUUGUAUUGUUUCCUAGUUGUUCGAAAGCUAAUCGAGUACCUUGAACCCGCUUCACAUAUUUAAAUAUAUAAACCUGCUUCUACUGCAGACAAAUAAAUUGACUUGCAUUGGUUGGACUUGCAUGUUUUUCAGUGGACAAUUUGAGGCAAAUUAAUUGUGUUAUUCAAGCAAUCCCAAGUUGCUGAUUACUUGGGAUUUCAGUGUAACCCUGUGAGGUCGAUGCACCAAUCACUUGGGUAACUCCACCUGUGGAAUACAGUAAGAAUAGGAGUGGAUUCAAAGCAGAGGGCAUUGCACUUGUAUUUAACUCCAGACUGUAAAAUGUUUUUUUUUUUUUUUUUCCCCCCUGUGGUGCUUUUUGUUUGUUUUGUUUUGUUACCCUAUUCACAUUUGUUAAAGAGUUAUAUGUCUUUGUGUUCUUGUUCCAGUAACGUGGCUCUCCUGCUUUAGUAUCUGUAACAGUGUAGUGCCCAGGGAAUCUAAUGAAUGUACUGUAUCUUUUCUGUAUCAUGUUUGUCAUGUUAAACCCAACUACACUGGAAGCUGUAAUUUGCCAUCUUUAGGAAAUUAACUCAAGGACCAAGUGUUUUUCAAGAGACUUCACCCCCGAAAUGGGUAUUUUAUUGCCUCUGCACGAUAACAAUCCCAACAAAUGCAUGUCUUGUGUAUACAAGAUGGCGGUCCUUGGAGUACAAAAAAACACAACUUUGCAAGAUGGCGGUCCUUGGAGUACAAAAAAACACAACUUUGCAAGAUGGCGGUCCUUGGAGUACAAAAAAACACAACUUUGCAAGAUGGCGGUCCUUGGAGUACAAAAAAACACAACUUUGCAAGUCAAGUCAGUGGAAACUUCAUGGGUGCCUUUUGUUUGUAAACCAAAAAAAAAAUACAAAUCAAUAAAUAUAAUAAACUCC